CUAAUGAGCCCGCGGGCCAAAGCAGCUGGCGCUGAGCGCGAGGGCUCAUUGGAAACUGCGUCGUCACCACGGAAACCUGGACUGCUUUCGCGUGAAGGGCUCUCCAGCAGGGGGCACAGUGAGAUUUGAUGCAGCCCCUGCACGUCCACUCAUUACAUGUCCACGAAGUGUCUCUGCAGUGCGGAUCACUCCUCUGAGGACCAUGAAGAGCUCUCCAGAUCUGAUGCCCACUGAGUUGGAUCCAACCCGUGUGUGUAAGGGGAAGGGGGCUGUUACUCUGAGAGCUACAUUAGUGCACGUUGAUGAUGGAGAUUGUAUCACCCAGGAACAGGUUAUGAGUCCAGCCAAGAGUGAAUGCCACAGAGCGGUCAAUGGAGAUGCCACAGAAACGGAUUUGGCAGAGAAAAGGCUCAAUAGCACCGGAGCUGAUUUAAAUUCAGACCAAGUCAGCAAGGCUACAACACAGGUCGAGUGUCCUAUAAGCUUAGGUGUGAGUGAUCUCCCAUCAUCAGCCACUGUGCCAUCUGUGUGUGCACCAAACAGCAGUGUAUACCCAACUAUUGUUCUGUUGCAGCAUGACACAGAUGCUGUAGAGCAGCAGGACAGCGUGUGUGAUCAGGGCCCCACCGAGAACCAGGUCUGUCCUCCACCUGAAGAUCCUCAAAGAGCCUCUACACAGAUGGAGGGUAAGAGAAUGACGAUUACUGUUCACCCAGCAUCUCCUGUCCCACUGGAGAAGCCCCGAGUCCCAGUACGGAACACAGAAAAGUCCAAGGACUGGUACAAGAACAUGUUCAAACAAAUCCACCGAGUUACAGAACCUGUUGAGGAAAAUCCAUACCGUCCCACCUACAUAUUCCCCGAGAGCUAUGACAGGCCACUGAAAACAAGAGACGACAGCUCGUCACAUGUGGAUGAUUAUGGGCAAAGUGUUCCUCGGUCUAAAAGUGCUGUAGACAUGGGUAGCUCACAGUCAAGGCGAAGAGUCUCUAUGCCAACUCAAACAUCUACUCUACGGCCAGAAAAAAAUGAGUGGGAGCCCCCUGACAAGAAGGUGGACACCAGGAAGUAUCGCGCUGAGCCCAGGAGCAUCUUCGACUACGAGCCAGGAAAGUCAUCUGUGCUGAGGGCGGAGAGGCCGGACUUAACCCCUGAAGAUGUAGAUUUAGAGAAUGAACCAUGGUAUAGAUUCUAUUCAGAGAUGGAGUUUGGCAAAACGAGUGCCCCCUCUUUCACUCCCUUGGAAACAGCCUCCGACCUGCAGCAAUACCCAGCAUGUAAACCGGGCCCCAGUGUGGCAGGGAAGGAGAGCGGCUCGGCUGGCGCUGAGCACGCAGCUCCAGAAUGUGAUCGGCACGUUUACAAAAGUGUCCUGGAGGGUGGUGACAUCCCACUGCAAGGCCUGCGAGCACUUAACAAACGCCAUCCCAGUACUUCUUCGAAAGUGUUUUUCAAGGGUGGGAAUGGUUGUGUGAUUUCACCAUGCUCGUCUGUAAAUGGGCGCUCAGUUCUUGCCAGUAACACACUAGGUACUCAGAACAAGACUAAAAACUCCCUAUCUGCUGCCAAAGCCUGCAUUCCCCAAAUCCUCCCCUCUAAGUUCAAGCCUAAAUUUACCCCUUCUACUGAUGAGAGCCAGGAGAGAAGAGCUGAGGCAACAGCAUGGGCCAAAGUGCACAGCUGUGAGGAGCUACAUCAAGAGCCAUGCCUCUCAGGAAACGAUGAUACAACAGACACGUAUCAUGAGCUCAGUUCAGACACCAAAGCCAACAGCUUGCAAGAAACUGUUUGCAAAAGUAACAUGCCUGUCAAAAAUGGGCCUUUUAAUGGACCUGUAAGGAGCACAGCUGAAUUUUCAAGCCUGUACAGGAACAUGCACCAUAUCGAGAGACCGAGAUCGUUGGGUUUCAGCCCUCAUGCCAGUGUGCGUAGCUUGGCCUCGCUUUUUGAAAGGUCAGAUGCUGAUAUCACUGCUGAGCGAUGCAGAAACAUCCCCCGCCACGCCGUCAGUUGUCGUGUCAUGGAGUUUGAGCGUAUCAUUCAGUGCUCCAACACCACCCCGACACGCUCUGCCUCCAUGCCUACACUACCCAGUGGUUCUAGCCCCUCCCAUAGCCCUGCGCCUACAGCUUGUUUGCUCCAGUCAGCUCUUUCUGCUGAGUCUUUACUAACGCCAGGGACAGCACAUGUCGACAAUUGUCCCUUAGUGUGUGGCAAGGAGCAAACAUCUAAAGAGGAGACUUCACUCUCAGGAAGUGAAGAGCCACGGGUGUGUGUUGCAGCUUCGAACCAGAAUCAUAGCUCAAGAAUGGACUUAUUCUCACACGCUAUUGGCAAAAUGGAGCAGAAGGACACCUGCGUGCAAAAUGCUACAGAGGAAAGUCCCUCUCUUGGUCACUCACUUCCUAACACCCCAAUAUCAGGGCACCACCACCACCAUGAUCACCUUCCCUUCCACCUCAAACCCAGCAAAUGUAAAGGCUCCUGUCCUGCCUCCUACACCCGUUUCACCACUAUCCUCAGGCACGAGCGUCAGCAGGCCAGCAGCUGCUUACCAGAGAAGAGAUCAGGCCCUCCCACAAACUUAUUGUUAAUGGGUCCGGCACCAUUCUCCUUACGGAAAACCCUGCAAAAUCUCCAGGCCAAAAAGACUCUUUCAGCUGCUAAAAGCCUGGCCAGAGAUACUGCAGAGAGUCGAGUGCUUUCAUCCAGGCUGCGACCCAUCAUCCCACAGCGUCUGUCUUCUCUCGAGGUGCUAGAGAGGCUUAGUAAUGGUUCAGAGGGGGCCAAUGGCGAUGACCUCACCGAUGCUGAAUGCACAGAUGCCAAUAAAAACCACUGUGGAGACUCCGAAUCCUCACAGCCAUUAAGCCAAGGAGAUCAAGGAGAAAACCCAGAUGAGGUGGCCCGCAGACGCUACGGAGACAAAGAGAAAAUUUUGGAGGAGCAGAGACGUUUGAAACGGGAACAAGAGGAGGCGGACAUCGCGUCACGCCGGCAUGCAGGCUUAGUCCUCACACAUCAGCAGUUCAUUACCAAUGAGCGUUUUGGGGACUUGCUGACCAUUAAUGACACAGAGAAGAGAAAGUCCGGCCCAGAGAGGACGCCUGCCCUGGCCCUGUUUAACUUUAAAGCGGAGACUUUAAAGGAGCUGCCAUUUCAAAAAGGAGACAUUGUGUACAUCUUUCGGCAGGUGGACCAAAACUGGUAUGAAGGAGAGCAUCAUGGUAGAGUUGGCAUUUUCCCUCGCAACUAUGUCGAGCUGCUGCCCCCGACAGAAAAAGCCCAGCCCAAAAAGAGUGCUCCAGUCCAAGUACUGGAGUAUGGAGAGGCCAUUGCUCGCUUUAAUUUCACUGGGGAUACAGCUGUUGAGAUGUCGUUCAGAAAGGGAGAACGAAUAACACUCAUUCGUCGGGUUGAUGAAAACUGGUACGAAGGAAAGAUUUCAGGCACCAACCGACAAGGCAUCUUCCCAGUCACUUACGUGGAGGUGCACAAAAAGCCUCGUGUUAAAAAUGGAGUGGAAUACCCCGAUCCUCCCUUUAGUCAGUCACCACAUCGCAGCACAAAUGCUUCCCCACAGCCGGUGCGUACCCGUCUCAGCACCUCCCCUCUCCCCCUGCCACGCUCACCACGCCGCUCUGUCUCUCCUGAAGUCCAUGCUAUAUCCAACGAGUGGAUCUCCCUCACAGUGGGGGGUGUGAGCUGUAGCCCCCCAGCUGCCCCAACUCCUCCUCUGCCUCCUCUGCCCAGUACUGCGUAUCGUCUGGGUGAAUAUCUUCCCCCAUCACACUCUGCCAGCCCUGUGCCUCCCAUCACCAGCAGCCCAUACUGUGUCUCACCGAUGGCUUCACCGUCCACUUCGCCCCUGCCCCCUCCGUAUCCACCCCGGCCCAACUCUGCCACUCCAUUCCUCACUUUCACCCCACCGCAAGGGGAGGACUUCCUCCUUUUCCCUCCUUCACCACGUCUGUCGCGUAGUCUGAGUCCCUGUGGGGGUGCCAGCAUGGAGGGAUGGCUGAGUGGAGCAAGAAGGCUGGAUUCAGAGCUGCAGGAGGGUGAAGGGGGAGAGCUGGACAGGGUUGGUGGCUCUCGCAAGGUGCCAUGCAGCUGGAGAAAUAGUCCAGCAGAGCCUUUGAAGAAUGAAGGAGAUUACCAUGGGAGAUCCUCAAGAAGUCCAGUCAUGUUAUUUGACAUUCAGGACAACAACAUGAACGCCAACUCAUUCACGGAGGCAGUGUGUAAUGAGAUCAUGAAUAUUGCAGAGACCUCAGUGAGGUACUGCAGCACUUUGUCCCGCCCUUUAGACUCCGCCCACAGAUUGAUGCCCUACCUCAGUAAACGCUCUCUCAUCAUUUCCCAGCAACCCCAGUCCCAAAGCAGCAGCCCUGAACCUGGACGCCUGAGCUGUGGCAUAUUCCAGGCUUUAUACAGCUAUGUGCCACAGAAUGACGAUGAGCUGGAGCUGCAGGAGGGAGACUUGGUGAACGUUAUGGAGAAAUGCGAUGAUGGCUGGUUUGUGGGUACAUCGAAGAGGACAAAACAGUUCGGCACCUUCCCAGGGAACUACGUGAAGGCCGUUAACUUGUAAUAUGUGAAAAUGUCUGGUUUAUAUGUAGAGAUUCUAACACUAUGUUAAUAGCAGCCUGUGUGGGACACUGUUACUGACGAGCUCGAGUGUUUGAUUUGUUUUUCCUUUUUAUCCGUCAGUAUUGUAUCUUGCCCAGGUGAACGUCCAGGUAUGUGAUUGGUAAGAAUUGUAGCAUGUCAGCAAGAAUUUUGUAGUAAAACUACAAGGAUCAGCUUGUCAGCUUUCACACUGUUUCAUAUAAUAUGCAUUAUUUACAUUUUGUUUUUAUUUAAAUUUAAAUGUUCAUGUUCAUAUUGUGUAACAUUUUUUUUUUUUUACUGAAUCACAUACCUGACAUUAGCACCGCAAAAACUCUAGAGUAAAUGAAACAGACGAGUCACAGUGUUGUAAAGGGUCACAGUGUAGUUAAAGGCACUUAAAGGAGGAUAGCAGUGUUGAAGGUUAAAGGGCCGCACAAAGGUCGGGAGUGGGGGAGCAAUAACGUGGAUUUACAUAAAACUUGAAAAUCCAUUCAGACUCCCUGUGUAUACUUUGAGAGCAAUAUAAAUGGUGUGGUUGAGUUCAUGUUCAGAUGUGAACCAUCACAUGGACUGAUAUCACCGAACUGUAGGCACUUAUGUCUGUAUGGACUAAUCAGGAUGUCAUGUGGAGCAGUUGUAUGGAAAUCCAGUGUUUUUAUUUAUCACAGUAUUUUGGCUGAUAGAAGUGAUGGGGAAAAAUUGUAAACCUGUUUCAGAAAAAAAGUUGAUUUUGAGGUCUGUCUUUUCGUUGACGAUCCUAGUUUACGGAUAUAAAGAGUCUGUAAAGAUCAGGAGUCACCAGGCUCCACCAAAUAACAUCUUGAUUUGCUCUCAUCUUUUAUUUGAGACAAAAAAAGGAGCGUUGUUUCUUGAUUGUCGAUUACGUUUCACACACUGGCAGUCCUAAUCCUCCUCGAUCUAACUGAAACAAAUCUGUUGCUAGACGUAAAAAUUGUCAGUGUUUUCGUAAAUUAUUAAGUCAUGUUAAGCGAGAAAGAACGUUUUGCUUUCAUUUCGGUGUCAGUAGAUCAGUGGAUAAAUUCGAAUAACUGUAAUAAAACACUUCGCCGUGUGACUAUACUGUAUAUACAGUUAGAGAAAGUCUUGCAACCAAAAUAUAUAAAAUACCAGUCAAAAGUGUGGACGUACUUGCUUAUAUAAAGCUUUUCUUCAUUUUAAUACUAUUUUUGAACAGUAAUGAAAAAAAUAUCACGAUGAAACAACAUACGGGAUUAAACCAUGAACAAGAAAAAAUAUAAAACAAAUCAAAACUGUGAUAUAUUUUAAAUUCCUAACAGUAUUCCUGAUGUAUCUUGGCAUUAUCUCAACCAGCUUCAUUAAGGACCUUCUCAAAUAGGCCAAGCUACACAUUGUUUCUAUGAUGUUGUAAAUGAAUAAUCGUUUUGGGGAAAAUAGUUUGGAGUAAAAACUACUCAUUAAUACAGUUGAUCCAAACUUUUAGCUAGUAGUGUACAGUAUUUCAUUGGCUCGUGUGCUACAGAAGCGUGUUAGGGUCAAACGAGGCAGAAAAAAAGUGCUGCUGGGAGAACUGGGCACUGAAACAGUUUUUCAUCCCGACUUCUGAGGGGGAAAAAGCAAAGGAAAAAACUAGACCUUACAAGGUGAAAGUUAAAGGAUUGUUAAGAAUUAAAAAAAAAGAAGAAAUAGUAGUUUUAAACGGUAAUAGAGACCGGGGAAUAAAAUAUAUUUUAGGAAUAUAGAGGCUAUUUUAGGAACCAGUUGAGUAAUAUAAGGCAAUGUAAAUACAGGCCAUUUUAUCAUUAUUCUUGUAAUAUUUCAAAUUAUUCUUGAAAUGUUCUUAUUUUCCUAAAUCUGAAAAUAUAACAUGGAUGAGACUGGUCCUCCUUAGAGCACAUAUGAUCCACCUUGAGAUGUUGCUAUACUACACAGACUUGUCAUAUAUCUAAAUAUAUUUUUUCUCUUUAGAAAGCUGGGAGCCUAAAGGACAGCAUGCAUGAACACGGGUUUAUAGAACUUUAAUCCCGAUGUGAUCGCAAAAGUGUAAAGGAAAUUUCUGAUCUGUAUGAAAUGCCGUACCUCCUUCCUUCCUUCCUUCCUUCCUUCCGAUCUUGAAGUGCCAUUUAUAUGAGUAAGCUACAUUAGGAUCUUUUAUAUCAGUAUACUAAACCAACAAGCUAUUUAUGACCGUUUCGUUACUUCUGCUGUAGCUGCAUUUCCAGUGUGGUGUAGAUUGAAUAGGAGGAAAAAGAAACGAUCGCUAACUUGAACUGAUGUGAAAAUCAUACCAUGCAUGAGUUUCUACACAGACAGCCAUGAAGUAUUUAAGCUAAUGAGCUAAUGAGGUUGAGUACUUUUGCUCCCCGUAUUAUUGUACAUUGCUUUCCAUAUCAUGCCACGGAGUGUCACUGCUGAGCGUGUGUGUGGAGUGUGUCACACAUUUAAACUGUGCUCCUAACAACAAAUCUUUCAGUACUGAUCAUAUUCUUGGUUAAUAAUAUUGUUUGGCUGCGAUUGUCAUCAAGUUUUAACCAACUAAGACCCUGAAUAAGUUUUGCAGUUCAUCACAGCUUUAUUCCAUUCAACUGCAUGAAACAUCAUGCGAUAAAUAAGAUGAGCAAAAGAAUAUAGUGUCUUGAGAAUCCUGUGCUUUGGAUAUAAGCAGAAACAAGAGAAUCGUACUUGUAAAUAUGUAUAGUAUAAAUGAAUAAAAUGUUUGAAGUCACAACAGCCUCUCGGAAUAUAGUUUAUACGACAAGAAGAGUUUUUGGACAGCACAGCGAGUUGCUUUUGGUGCACGCACUCUGAUAUGAAUGAAUGACAGAUUUCUAACACUGUGUUAGGAUCCAGAUGCCUUUUGUCUCACAGCUUUGUUAACCGUGCCUCGUUUUUGUUUUGUUUUUUUCAUUUUGCCUUGAUACACUGAGGAGGAGAUCCAUGUUACUUGUACAUGUAGGAUAUGAUGCUUUACCACAAGCGUGUCAGAGGAGACGAUUACUAAGAUCCUGACUGCAGUCACUGGAUAUAUUCAUAAAGAGUGUGACAUAAUGCCUGUAGUGAUCUUCCACAUGCAGAAGCUCACAUUGAAGUUAGAUGUUGUUUUCCUUUAUUUGCAGUGCAGUUACAGAUAGAAUGUUGGAUUUAAAGAUGCUACUUACUGCUGUGAUUUCAUUAUUAUGCAAUAUUUAAUAAAAUGUAUUAAAGCU